CUACGACCAGUACGUAGCCAUGCACAGCAGCCUCUUCACGUCCGUUCUUCUCGCCGCCUCGGCGCAGGCCGCGCACGUCCACCUCCGCGACAUCAAGGCGGCGCAGGUCGACGUCUGGAACCAGUGCGGCGGCAAGGAGUACCGCGGCGACACUGCGUGCACGAGCGGCAACUACUGCAAGGUCAUCAACGAGUGGUACUCGCAGUGCCAGCCCGGCGGCCAGAGCGAGGUCGGCGUCUGGGGCCAGUGCGGCGGCAAGAACUACAACGGCGCGACCAAGUGCACGUCCGGCAACACGUGCAAGGUCUGGAACGAGUGGAACUCGCAGUGCGUCCCGAGCAACGACCAGCCCGCGACCGCGCCGCUCAACUGGGCGCAGGUCGACGGCGUCUGCUACAACAAGGUCGAGGGCGACAAGGACACGACGACGAGCGGCAUUUCGUCGUACGAGGCGUGCAUCAACGAGGCCGACAAGCGCGGCAAGCUGUACGCCAACUGGAAGGACAACACGUGCACGGUGCUCUCGACUGUGUACUCGUACACGCAGGACUCGCACUGCAAGGGCGCGGCCAAGUACAACCUCGAAAAGUACACGUGCGCCGGCAACACGGACUUUUACGGCAGCGACAUUGGCCAGGCGCAGACGCGCUUCGACCGGUGCCUCGACGAGUGCGACUACUACGAGUCGGGCGGCCACAAGUGCAACGCGUUCAUGUGGGUGCGCAACCCCGGCAGCGAGUUUGGCAUCUGCUACUUCAAGUCCUUUGACGACUUCAACCGCAAGCCGUCGACGAGCUGGCUCGGUGGCAUCUCGUGCAAGCGCAACCCCAAGUACAUGCAGCACUAAGACAUAAACGACUUGCGUUUUUUUGCUGUCCUCCCA